CUAAAGUUUCAUUCAGAACUGUUCGUGAAUGCCUCAACAUGGGUCGCAGCCUUACAGGUCCCUUGCAGGUAAAACCAAGCAGAGGACAGCUAUCCACGAGGAUGCUCGUUUGGUAGUCCGACGUCGAACAUUGUCAAGCUGUGGUGAUCCCAGUGAUACCGUAAGGUCUCGUGCAUUGACCAGUCUUGGUCGUCUAGAGAGUAGCGAAAUCAGUGACCGAUUACGAUCUAUCUUCGGUGAUUCAUUAACUGGGCCGAUUAACCUUGACAAGCGUCGACAUACCCUGCGGCGUGUAUCUUCCUCACUGAGUGCUGAUGAGGACAGAACCGACACCGACUUCAUGCCAGUACUUCCCAGCACAUUGCGGCAUUCCUCAUCGCCCUGGUCGUUCAACAUGGAGGAGUGGGAACCUGAUGAUUCGCCUGAGGCUUCUAGUGGCGCCUUCGACAGGGAUGGGUCCGAUGAGGAUGGAGACUCUGAGGGGAGUAGCGUUGUAUAUGUUGACGCUGCUGACCUCACGGCCGUGCUCCUCGAUCGAAGUAGCAUCCGCGAGCAGCAUAUCAAGAAGGUUAUCCUGGAUGUAUUUGCCGAGCGGGUCGAUAUCUAUGCUGAGGCCAAUGCUACUGAAAAUGCCCCUCCGGUGAGAGCCUCCGAUGCCCUACUGCGGUUCUAUGACGACGUUAAGAUGAUAUAUGAGCAGCUCCCAGGAGACGACAUUGGUUCUUCGACGGUGGAAGAUGGCAUCACUGAAUUCUGCGCGAACUUAUGGCUAGCUUUCGACCCGAACGCCCAGGACGUGAGGCGACGUUGCAGGGGUGUUGUGAUCAGUGCCCGGAAUAUAGUUAUUGCGGAAAAGCAGUCUACACUUAACCCAGCAUGGCAGCUGCUCCCGUUGCGGACGCGGCUUGCUCUUUCCCAAUCUCCUACACGUUGGAAGGACAUUCCAUACUCCGCGACGGGCAGAGAUAAUCUAUGGAAAGGCCUCAAGCAGCCGAUGAACAGNNNNACCCGUUACGGGAGAUCUGCUUUGUGA